UUUAGUUUGAACUGUAGUGACAACAACAACAUCCUUUAAAAUGAAAGUCUUCCUCCUGUUGACUGCCUUGGCAGGAAUCGCCACUGCCGUGGAUUACUGUGCUCUGCCCACGUGCCUGGACAAGCACAUUGCCUGCAACAACAAGGGAAACUUUAGCGAAGAGUGUCCCAAGGAUGUGCGGGAAGUGAAAAUUCAGCCGCAUGAGAAGUUGAUCCUUACGCUCUUCAAUGAACUGCGUAACAACAUCGCUGGUGGCAACAUCGAGGGACUUCCCAAGGCAGCCCGUAUGGCGAAGAUGACCUGGUGCGAGGAGCUCACCCAUUUGGCCCUGUUGAAUGUGAAGACCUGCCAGUCGCUGCCCGACAAGUGCCGCAGCACGGAACGCUUCGCCUAUGCCGGGCAGAACAAUGCCAUCUUCAGUUACAGUGGCGCCGAGUCCGAGUACACGGAUGCGGAGAUCAUCAAGGAGCAGAUUGAGAAGUGGUUUUCGGAGCGUGCAAAUGCAUCCCCUGAAGUGCUGGCCAGUUUCCCGGAGGAGUUGCCCAACAAGAAUGUGGCCAAGUUCACCAUUGCUGUUGCCGAGAAGAACACUCAUCUGGGCUGUGCCGCCGUGCGUUUCUCCCGGGAUUACUACAACCACUUUGUGCUGACGUGCAACUUUGCCACAACCAAUGUGAUUGGCCAGCCUGUGUACACUCCUGGAGAGAAGGCCACCUCCGGAUGCAAGAAUCGUUAUGGAGCCGCCUUCGAUUUUCCCAAUCUGUGCUAUGCCAAGGAAAUCUACGAUAACGACAAGAUCAUUGCCGACAUCAAGCUGUUCUAAUGGAGGGCCGAAUUAAUGGAUUAUGAUUGACACCUACGAUUUUGUGAUAUUAAAACUUGAAAAGCUAUAAUAAAAUUCAUCAAAUUAUAAA